AUGGGCUCCGUUAUCGUCAACCACGUGCCGUCGGAGUAUAUCGACAGCCAUUACAAGAUGGUGGGAGGCACGGCCAACCCCUCGGAUUCCAUCUAUCGCCAUUCGCCGCACUCAUCGCAGACGCCGCUGCAGACUGCCCGCUCCAGUUCCGCCUCGUCUAACACCACCCCCACCUCGAUCACCGCCCCGCCGUCAACGUCCACUGUGGGUUCUGGUCGACUGCCUGCGCAGUCGCAGAAUGAUUUGCCGGCCUACAUUAGUCAACAGACCCCUCCCGACGCUCUCGCGCGACCUACAUCAAACACCCCGACCUCGUCCCAUCCACCCAUCUCAUCCAUGACCUCGACUCAGUCCGGCCAUGCUUACCCUUCACAUACCUCCUCUUCAACGUACGCCGCACAGCCUCAGAGCGGCAGCCACGCGACCAGCAUGGCAGAUCCUAUGAAUACCGAACCUGAUGGCGAGGUGCAACCGUCACCUGUGUCACCGCGUUUACGGCCGAUGCGGUCACUCGCGGGCUCCGCGGCCAAUUCUCCGUCGAGUCGCAUCAGAGUGCGCAGUCUUUCACAUAUCCAAAGCCUUGCUAGCGAUGAGUUCCUGGCGCAAGCUCCUCGAUCUCAGGUCUCGGGAGAAACAUCGCAGGACCGGCAGUUUGAGAUCAGCUCCAUGCCGGUUACGGACAUCAUCGAAAUGGUCGCAGGCCUUCUCACCAAGAUCACCACGGCCAACGAUGUGCACCAUGAACGUGUCCAUCGCCAUAUUCCUCCACCAGAUGGGACCAGCAGCCUCAGUCCCCAGGCCACGAGCGUGCUCGCGUUCCAUGGCAAGAAUGUCCCCAGCAUCACCAUCCUCAGUUACCUUACCCGCAUCCACAAAUAUUGCCCAACCACAUACGAAGUAUUCCUGAGCUUGCUGGUCUACUUUGACCGCAUGACCGAGCUUGUCAAUCGCGGAAAGCUCAAAUUGAUCCAACGUGAUUGGGAACCUACUACCCACGCUGAUUCUCCCUCCGAUACCGUCCAGGCGUUGGAGAGUGCGGCUGCUCGCCAGACACAGCCAUCUGCGAUGGUGACACCACCCUCGUCGACGGGUAUGGCGGCCUCAGACCCCAACAGUCCGUCCAUAUCGCCUGCCCUCUAUCCCCAAGGGGAGGACGAGAACCUUUCCCAUUUCUUUGUGGUCGAUAGUUUUAAUAUUCACCGACUGGUCAUCGCGGGCGUGACCUGUGCCAGUAAAUUUUUCUCCGAUGUGUUUUAUACCAAUUCCCGAUAUGCAAAGGUCGGCGGCCUUCCGCUGGUGGAGCUCAAUCAUCUCGAACUCCAGUUCCUCCUGCUGAACGACUUCCGCCUCGCGAUCCCCGUCGAGGAGCUUGAAGCUUACGGCACGAUGCUUGUGGAGUUUUACGCACGUGAGGUUGUUACACAACAACAGCAACAACAACGACCCAUGGACUCCUCGACGGCCUCGACGACAACGACGACCGAUUCCUCAGAUGCAAUGUACAUGCGAUCCUCCGACAAGCCACCACGCAGCCGUCCGGGUGUCGGCCAGACUCCCACUCCGCCCUAG